AAAAUGAAUGCUGCAAGAAAUUUUAUUGCCAAUAAAGGUUUUAAUUCUGUGUUGGCCUCUCUUUAUCAACGACAAGCUUCUUUGCUUUGCACAUUUACACAACAAUGGACAGAAGCAGAAUAUGACAAAAGGGCGGAAGAAACUCUAAUGGCUCUUACAGAGUUUUUGGAUGAACUUCCUGAGCGGUUAAAUACUGAUAAGGCUUAUGAUAUUUCGUAUUCUAUGGGCGUUCUUACAGCACAUAUAAGCCCAGAUAUAGGGACAUAUGUAAUUAAUAAACAAUCGCCAAAUAAACAAAUUUGGCUUUCUUCUCCAAUUUCUGGGCCUAAAAGAUAUGAUUUAAGCGAUUCAUAUCGUUGGGUAUAUAAACAUGAUGGGGUUAGUUUACACGAAUUACUUGAAAAAGAAUUUAGAGAAAUUUAUAAAACAGAUCAGAUUAUGCUUGGAGAUUUGUCUUAA